UUAGGUAUCCGUAUCCAUGGACGUUCCUGUUCGAAACAUUUGUUCAGUUUUGAAUAUUGAGAGUUCCCUCUUCGCCUCUUUUCCUCCUCGUCUCCUCACUCUAUCUCCUCUCUCUCCCGCACCCUCAAAAUCCCCAAAAUGUCCAGGAAAAUCGCCAUUAAUGGCGUCGCCAAUGGCGUAGAGCCCAUAGGUCGACGCCUCCGCUCCCGCCACACCCCUCUCCGGAGGUCCCCGCGGCUCCGAUCCAAGAACCAUGGCGAGGUCCCGAUGGGAAACCGACCCAAUUCGAAGAAGAAGCCUCGGGGAGCUUCUUCGGGGGAAACCCAUCUCAAAUCUCUCCCUUUCUCAUUGGAAAUCGAGGGGAAGCGUCCAGGAUCCAUCAAAACCGUAUCUUGCGGCCGAAGAAGGUCUCUCAGGUUAGCUUCUACUCAAUCUCCGCUUUCGGAUUCCGAAGGAAUGGUUGGUGGAAGGAAAACCCAAGUUGGAUCUUCUUCGGAAAGCCGGAAGAGCCGUUCCGGAGUUCGUAGUUCAGCGAGCGAUGAUUCCGGUUGCCGAAGAAGAUCCUUGAGGUCGGAUUCCAAAUCGAUGUCGGGAGCCGAUACGAGUUCGCGGCAACACCUUCCAACUGUUUGCGGUAAUGCCUCUGAGAACAGGAGCAAGCGUUUAUCCCCUAAUUUGUGUCAUCUCAAGGAGAAAGAGGAGAAAUUGGCACCAAUCCAUAUGGUUAAAUGCUCUCGUGUUCAAGUGAAUUCGACAUAUAAGUGUUGUGAAGGCUCGCAGGUUAUCCGACGGUCGACGAGGCUUGCCUCAAGAUUGGCGGAGUCUGAGAAGAAAGAUGUUAACUUGGCGUCUUCUGGCGGCACCGAUUGCUGUAUGGGACUAAGAAGAUCUCAAAGGUUAGGUUUUGGUUUACCGAAACGUAAUUCGGAUUGUGAUGUAGCCUCGGGAAAGAGAAGAGUGAAAGGUAGUACUAAAGUUGUGAGCAAAGUUGAGACUAAUGUAGAUGGGUUGAGUAGUGAGCAGGAUGCAGGAAAAUGUGGAAAGGAAGUCAAAGGUAACCCCUUGGAGAUUACAAAGAAGGAAGUGGGUGAAACGAAGAGUAAAAAGAGAGCGAGAAGUGUCAAAGCGGAGCCUGAGGUAGAGAGGAGCGAGACAGAGCAAUGUUGCGGCCUUGAGGAAUGGACAGAAGAGCAAGACACAGCAUUGCAAAGGGCUUACUUAUCGGCCAAGCCAUCUCCACAUUUUUGGAAGAAGGUCGCCAAAAUGGUACCCGGAAAGUCUGCUGAGGAAUGCUUCAACAGAAUCCACGCCGAUCUUGCGACCCCACCUCCAAAUCAGCCUCGUUCAAGGUUGAUUAAGAUCCAUAAUUCCCCAACAGAAAAUUUCAAUAUAUUAGACUGCAAUUAUCCCGACCUCAUUGAAUCAAAGGUUAAAAGGCAUAGGAUCAAAAAGCAAAAGACCCAUGUUACACAGAAGACUCUAAGACAUUUACUCAAGAAGCGUAGCCUCGCAGAUCAAGCUCAAGAGGCCGACCAUUUCUCGGUUCUUGAGACCUCACCGAGCCCAUUACAGCUUGACUUUCCCGAACUUAAGUCUCCUGAAAUAUCUAGCACUAUUUUAAGGUCCUCGUCAUCAACGCACAAGAAGAAGACCAAGUCCAGGUUCAGGCCUGGCCAAGUGGAUCCAAGCCCUGAGGUGCUUAAGAGGAUCAAGAACGUUGCGCUGCACGAGAAGUACAUCGACCAACUACAUUGCCGUGAAGCAAAGAGAAGGACUCAUGCUAAGGGGAAGUUCAUAUCUCCUUUGUCUAAUAAAGAUGAGGCCGGCGUUAUUCUGAAAGCUGCGCGGAAUGCUCUAAUCUCUGAAGCCAGUAAUGCGAUUGGCCAGUUUAAGCACAUGCAGGCCAACCCAACUGAUGAUUAUGCAGAAUUUGAAUCUGGUACUGAUGAUGAUGUUGAUGAUUAAUCUUCUGAUGAUCAUGACUAAGCAUGUUACAUUUCAUUGCAAAAAUUGGUUGAUUCUUUUUACUUCUGGCAAAGAUUGUUGUCGUCGCCGUUUGCUGUAAAUAGUCUGAAGCAGAUGAUCAAGGUGGCUGUUUUGUUUGGCAACA